AUGGUAGAAUUAAAGUUCCUUCAGACCUUGCCAAUAUUCAUAGUUGGUAAGGAUAGUGGAUGUGGUAUAAGAGAGCUGCAAGGUCUAAACCUUGGAGGAGAAUUGACUAUUCAAAACCUCGAGAAUGUGAUGUGUGCAGCAGAUGCCCAGGAAGCAAACUUGAAGGAUAAGCCGAACCUUUGUGCGUUAUGCUUUUCAUGGGGUCAGGAUAUUGAUCUUCAGUUGGAAGGAAAUGUCGAGCAAACCCUUGAAGGUCUCCGACCACAUCAAAAUCUCAAAAGGUUGACUGUGGAAGAGUACAUGGGUGUCAGAUUUCCGCAUUGGAUGAGCUCUUCAUUGCUUCCGAAUCUGAUUGAAGUUUCACUGAUUAAUUGCAGAAGAUGCGAACAGCUCCCCCCGCUCAGCCACUUACCAUUCCUGCAGGUUCUUGUGAUACGUGGAAUGGAUGCUGUGAAGUCUAUUGGAAAGCAUUUCUAUGGCGACGAUGUCACAGAGGCAUUCCCAUCAUUGAAACGACUCACCAUCCAAGAUAUGCCUAAUUUAGAGGCGUGGUCAGGAUCUAAUGGAAGAGUACUCCCCUGCCUUAACCGAUUAAAUGUCUGGGGAUGUCCAAAGUUAACAACACUUCCAUGCCUUCCAUCUCUAAAAGAAUUGGAAUUGAAGGAUGGUAAUGAGAUGUUGUUAGGUUCAGUGGCAAACCUUGCUGCUCUAGAGUAUCUGUGUAUUUCGAGCUGCAGUAUGUUGGUAUCUUUGCCAGAGGAGUUACAAAACCUCACCUCUCUCCGUCAGCUGUGGAUUAACUGGUGCAAUGGUCUAACGUCAUUGAGACUACAAGGCUUGAGCUCUCUUCGAAAACUAGUCAUCCAGGGGUGUCACAGCUUAACGAGUUUGAUAGGGGGACUGCGACACCUCACUGCCUUACAUUCCUUGGCCAUUAAUUAUUGUCUGGAGCUGGAAUAUUUACCAGAGGGUAUGCAACACCUUACUUCCCUUCAACGACUCACCAUAUGGAACUGUCAGAAGUUGACAUGUUUGCCGGAAGGGCUACGACAUGUCACAACACUGGAAGCUCUAUCAAUCGAUGGAACGACUCCGCCGGAGUGGAUAGGAAACCUGUCCUCGCUUCGACGUUUGCAGAUUAACGGUUGUGAUAAAUUGACGUGUUUACCAUCAGGGUUGCAACUCCUAACAAACCUCCAACAGCUACAAAUCUGGGGUUGGCCAUGUCUAACAGCUCUGCCGGAGUGGAUAGCAAACCUCUCCUCGCUUCGAUAUUUGGAAAUUGAAUAUUGUCGUAAAUUGGAGUGUUUGCCAUCGGGGUUGCAACUCCUAACAAAUCUGGAACGUCUAAAAAUCCGAGGAUGUCCCCAAUUAGAGAAGCAAUGCGAGAAGGAGAAAGGCGAGGAUUGGCACUACAUAUCACACAUCCCAUACAUUGAAAUUGAAUAUACCAAAUCUCAAUCCCGGAGAGGAGGCGAAUGCUGUGGACGUCUGCUGUAG